CAUUUUUUCAUCCGGGUACGGCUCAGCAUGGAUAGCGUCGUUGUCCUCUCUUGCGAUGGAGUUGUCACCGAAUGGUCAAGUGACACUCAAUUUGCUCUGAACUUACAUCGCUUUUGUUGCCAUCAUGUCUACCGAUAAGAUUACUUUUUUGACCAAUUGGCAUGCGACCCCGUAUCAUAUCCCCCUUUACCUCGCGCAAUCCAAGGGAUAUUUCAAGGAUGAGGGCAUUAAAGUGGCCCUUCUUGAGCCUAAUGACCCCUCUGAUGUCACUGAGAUCAUUGGGAGUGGAAAGGUCGACAUGGGCUUCAAGGCCAUGAUCCACACUCUCGCUGCGAAAGCUCGCAACUUCCCAGUUGUUUCCGUCGGAUCGCUUUUGGAUGAACCCUUUACCGGUAUUGUCUACUUGAAGGAUAGUGGUAUUACCACUGACUUCCACUCCCUGAAAGGGAAGCGGAUUGGAUACGUUGGUGAAUUCGGAAAGAUUCAAAUCGAUGAACUUACCAAGUACUAUAACAUGUCUGCAUCCGACUACACUGCCGUCCGCUGCGGAAUGAACAUCACCAAGGCCAUCAUUCGCGGCGAGAUCGACGCGGGCAUCGGCCUCGAGAAUGUACAGAUGGUCGAGUUGGAGGAGUGGCUUGCGGAGCAGAACCACCCUCGUUCCGAUGUCCAAAUGCUUCGCAUCGACCAACUCGCGGAGCUCGGAUGCUGCUGCUUCUGCUCCAUCUUGUACAUCGGAAACGAGACAUUUAUUUCCCAGAACCCGGAGAAGGUCUCCAAAUUCCUCAAGGCAGUCAAAAGAGCCACAGACUAUGUUCUUGCGAAACCCUCAGAAGCUUAUGAAGAGUACGUUGACGUCAAACCCGUUAUGGGCACUCCAGUCAAUCGUAAGAUCUUCGAACGUUCCUACGCCUACUUCAGUAAAGAUUUGAAGAACGUCCAGCGAGACUGGAUUAAAGUGACCAACUACGGCAAACGGCUCGACAUUCUGGACGCUAGCUUCGAACCAAACUACACGAACAAGUUCUUGAGCUGGACGCUUGAGCCCGAAUCCGACGAUCCAACGGGCGACCAGUGUCGGAUGGCAGACUUGCAGCGCCAGGUUGCUGCUGAGGGUGGGUUCCGAAGACUUGAGCCCGCUGCGGUCAAGGCCUGAGAUUCACCCACAAGCCAUAUCAAUCAACAUGAGUCACUAGGCAUCCCUGUCGGCAGCAUGUGUUUUUUAUUAUCCAAUCAGGGUGGCAUCAUUGAAUGUACAGAGGUUCCAUUCCUCUACGCAAAAAAAGUCUCAUGGAAGAAGUUGAAAUUUAUGUCUUAGGUAGUUUUUUUUCCCUUACAAAUCGCUCUCCAACUGAAUGACAAUCUUUUCAAACAUCAUUUUUGUCCCAUAAGUAAUCUAUAUCCGGCUCCAUGUUAUAGGUUUAGCCCAAUGGACCCACGGACCCAAAGCUUAACCUCCCUGUUCCAGUUCCUAUGGCUGCAAGGAUAAUUAAACGACCGUUCCGGCUCGUAUCUACGGCUUUCAGAGUACAUAUUGCCAUGGUACAGUACAUGUACACAAUUGCAG